AUGGCUGCUAAAAUACAACCGUUCGAUCCUCCAAGUUCUGCCAGUUCCGAUAGUGAUUUGAACGAAUAUCGUGAUGUAGUUGGUGACAUUUCGAUUGCUUUAGAUAAUGAUGACGAAGAAAGUGAUAGCAUAAUCUCAUCUAGUAUGUCACCAUCUAAACAGUCGAAUAGUGCGCCAUCAACCGUGUUGGUGAAAUCUCCUCGGUCAACUUUGCGGCAAAGAACAACUUCUGUUAGCCAAUCGACUAAGAAAACAGCUUCAGAGUCAGUAUUACAGUCUCACACGCGCACAAUUUAUACAGCUGGUCGACCACCAUGGUACAAUACUGCUGGACAACAAGUAGAACCAUUUGUUAUUGGUGUAUGUGGUGGAAGUGCUUCUGGGAAAACAACUGUGGCUAGAAAAAUAAUAGAAUCGUUAAAUGUACCAUGGGUUGUACUGCUUAGCAUGGAUUCAUUUUAUAAGGUGCUAACUGCAGAACAACAUGAGAAAGCUGCCCAUAAUGAGUAUAACUUUGAUCAUCCAGAAGCGUUUGAUUUUGAACUCUUAACUUCUACUUUGCAAAGGUUGAAAGAUGGCAAAAAAGUUGAAGUUCCCAUUUAUAAUUUUGUCACACAUGCUAGAGAAACUAAAACAAAAACAAUGUAUGGUGCAAAUGUCAUAAUAUUUGAAGGAAUUAUGGCAUUUUAUAAUUCAGACGUUUUGAAAAUGUUGGAUAUGAAGGUAUUUGUAGAUACUGAUGCUGAUAUCAGAUUAGCAAGGAGACUUAAGAGAGAUAUAUCUCAACGAGGUAGAGAUCUUCAAGGUGUUUUAAAACAGUAUUGUAAUAUGGUAAAACCAUCAUUUUCACAUUAUAUCGCUCCGUCCAUGAUCCAUGCCGAUAUCAUUGUACCUCGAGGUGGAGAUAAUACAGUAGCUAUAGAAUUGAUUGUUCGGCAUGUACAUAAACAACUGCAAGCGCGAGGGUUUAAAUUACGAGAAACACUUGCAAUGUCUUAUAUCGGUCAACCUCUACCCAGUUCUAUUCAUCUAUUGCCAUCUACACCACAAACGCAAGGCUUACAUACGUUCAUACGAAACAAGGACACACCCAAGGAUGAAUUUAUAUUUUAUUCCAAACGGCUUAUUAGACUAGUCAUUGAGUUUGCGCUAUCAUUGUUGCCGUUCAAAGACGUUAUUGUAGAUACUCCCCAGUGUGUUCCAUAUUCUGGUAAGAGAUGUGCUAGUGACAAGAUAUGUGGUGUGUCGAUUUUGAGGGCUGGAGAAACAAUGGAACAAGCAGUUUGUGACGUUUGUAAGGACAUACGUAUCGGGAAAAUUUUGAUUCAAACAAAUAGAUCUACUGGUGAACCAGAACUUUAUUAUUUGCGCCUACCUAAAGAUAUUAAAGACUAUAUGGUAAUUUUAAUGGAUGCCACAGUAGCUACCGGUGCAGCUGCAAUGAUGGCCAUUCGAGUACUUUUAGAUCACGAUGUUCCUGAAGAAAAUAUUUUAUUGGUAUCAUUACUAAUGGCUGAAUCUGGGGUGCACACAAUUGCAUAUGCAUUUCCUCAAGUGCGCAUCGUCACAUCAGCUGUCGAUCCAGAAAUAAAUGAAAAAUUCCAUGUUUUACCAGGAAUUGGUAACUUUGGUGAUAGAUAUUUUGGCACUGAACCAGAAGAGUACAUAUCCAGUUAG